AUGGCUCCUGCCAACUUCAAGACCUACGAGUCUCAGGCUCGACUGCUUCGCGCCAUCGUGGCCGCCCACUCCGAUGUCAAAUGGAACUACAAGGAUAUCCAGAAGUUCUACGGUUCGGAUAUGACCAAGGACGCUCUCAACCAUCGGUUCAGAGCCCUUAGAAAUCAAGGAUAUGUGCUUCGGGAAGCCGAUGAGCAGGGUGUGGAUUGCAAGGCCAUCCCCGUGGAUCUUCCCAAGGAGAAGAAGGAGAUUGCCAAGUUCUUCGGCGAAUCCACUGCCGACGGCAUCCAGUUCCAGUUCCGUGGCAUUAAGAAGGACGCCGAGUCCCUUAAGCAGACUGCCAACAGUGGUGGUAACCCCGCCUCUGUCCUGACUUUCACCGGCGGUACUGGCAGCAACGUCUCGACUCCUCGGAAGCCCCGAACCCCGUCUGGUGCUAAGGUUCGCGCCUCGGGUGGUGGUCGUUCUACCACAGCCAAGAAGACCAUUCCGAUCAAGACUGAUCCCAUGUCUGACGAUGAUGAGGAGGGUAGUGAUGCCGUCGACUAUAACGCGCUCGAGGACACUCCCUCUAAGACUCGCGUCCACAAUGUUCUCGACGGCCGUGUGACUAAGAACCGAGCCACUCCUCGUCGCAGCGCAACGCCGAGCCGCGCCGCUACUAUCGCUGCGGCUGCCGUCGAUCUCACCACCUCCGAUAGUGAGGUAGACACCCCCAACAACGCUUCGGGCUACGAGCUUCCUCCCAUCGCCGAGGCCAAGCCUGCUGCCGUUCAGCGUCCGUCCUUUGAGGAGGCCGUUACUCAGCAUCAGACCAUCAUUCAGCCCAACGCCAUGGCUAGCUUCACCGGAAACGACAGCUUCUCGCAGUCGAUGGAUGCAGCUAUCUUCAAUCCCAUCAACAACAUGAAUGAUGAGCUCAACUUCAGUUUCGCCGAGAGCAUGGUCAACUCCAACGGCGGCUACGACUCUUCCUUCAUGGGAGCCGACGGAGAGAUCUGA